AUGGCUCAUAAAAAUGGAGCCAAUCUGCUUGGAUCGAGACUGGGCAUCCAGACGCCGUGGAUCACGUGUCCACUUUCCCAGGCCUGGCGUGCUGCUCGGAAAACACUUGUUGGGUGUCCAGAAGUGCCCGAGGCCCGCGCGCGCCCGAGUCGCACUCCCCGGAGGCUUCGGGACGCCAACCGGGCGCGGUCGCGCGGGGGCGGGGCUCGCGCAGACGUCGGCCCGGGGCGGAUCUGGGGAGUCGCGCAGGGGGCGGUGCGCGGUGACGUCGGGCGCCCGGGCGGAGCUGUGGCUGUGGUGGUGGCGGCGGCGGUGGCGGCAGCUCGGGGUCGGGCGGCGCCUGGAGCUUCCCGCCCGUCGCUGGCGCUAGGCCCCUCGGCUGUCCUCCGCCCGCUCCUCCUCACAGCCCUGGCUGGGUCCCGGCAGCGCGCCCCUGGGGAGGGCAGAGCCGUAGGUGGAGGAGUUACUGAUGGCCAUGGAGAAGGUAAAACAGGAGCUGGAGUCCAUGAAGGUGACGCUGUCCUGCACUCAGCAGUCACUGGCAGAGAAGGAAACUCAUGUGACCAACCUUCGGGCCGAGAGAAGAAAACACUUAGAGGAAGUUCUGGAGAUGAAGCAUCUUGCAGCUUCCUUGAGAUAGUCUGUUGUGAAGGCUGUAGAUAUCUGCUGUGCAGAAUACAGCUGCUGCUUUUUCUCCUCUGUGACUUUGAAAAGUUCUGGUUUCCUUCUCUUCAGAACAAGUAUGUCUGUUUUUUAAGUCCCUUAGUACUUUCUCCAUCACUCCAAUCCCCACCCCUAUGUAAUUGUCCUGCUCUCAUUUUACUGAAACCAAGUCUAUGCUGGGACUCCUCAGUUACCUUCAUCACCUCAGCAGUUACCUGUGUUCUUGUCGUCUUCUCUUCUGACUCAGAGGAGAUACUGUCUCUCCUUCACCAAGCUCGCUUCUUAUUUCUAUCACAGAUUUAAGCUCUGGUUCCCUCCUCUGCAAUCUGUCUCCAUUAAUUUUCUUUCACAUAAUCUUUGCUCACUUUCUGUU